AUGGCGUCUCCUCCUAACUACACCCAAUCGCCCACGGCGACUUCGCCACCCUAUCAAGCCCCCUCCAUAAGCAUGGCCAAGAAGCGCUCAGGAAGUGACAUGACGAACCCUCCAUCCCUCAAGCGCCGCAAAGCCUCCAACCUCUCCAUCACCUCCGCCGUCACGACACCAUCCGCGCUCCGCCAAACGAGUUUCCCCCCCGAAUCCUACGACGACGUGGCCGCCUCCCUGCGUCGUUCCCCUUCCGUCGACGCCGUCAGCGUAGUAAGCGGCAGCGUGGUCAGCGGCGCGCCGAGCGGAGCGCCCAAGAAGAAGCGAGGCAGGAAGAAGAAGGACGCGACGGCCGCCGAUGCCGCGUCUUCGAAGGAAGCGACGCCGAGUCUCGUGGGCGGAAAGGCUGGUGCGGGGGCGGGCGAGGAUAAGGAGGAAGAGGAGGAUGAUGAUGCGAAUGAUAUGAAGCUGCAGGAGUCGACUACGUCGGAGGAGCAGAGGCGCGAGGAGAAUCGGUUGAGGGCGCUGCUUGCUCAGUCGCUUGAUCGGGAGCAGUAUAAACGCUUCGAGGCCUGGAGAGGCACGCGUAUUGCCGAAGCAGGAGUCCGAAGGAUCAUCAACGCUGCCGUGUCUCAGUCCGUCCCCCAAAACGCCGUUCUCACCACGAAGCUCAUCGCUAAGCUCUACAUCGGCGACAUCAUCACGCUCGCCCGCCGCGUCCAGGAAGAAUGGAUGGAGGCCGGUACAGAACCCCAACCCAAGACCGAGCUCCCGACGCCUCCUCCCUCCAACGAUGAGAACGGCGAGAACGGCGAGGCACCCCCCGCCAGCCCCGUCAGUCCCAUCGUACCUGGUGACGACUGGCGCGCCCCGCUGAGACCUGAACAUCUUCAGGAGGCCGUGAGACGGUAUAAGGCCGCGGGUGAGGGUGGUUUGGUGGGGCAGACUGGCUUGUGGCAUCAUCAGCAGAAUAGUGGUGUGGAUCGGUUUUCGUCGAGGAAUUCGAAGAGGGUGUUUAGGUAG